GCCCGCGCGCUCGCCCACAAGCGCGGCCGAGACUCGGCCAGGGAUAGCAGCUCCCGGGAAGGUCCUGGCGCUCGAGGGGUGGCCCAGGCGCCAAGGCUGCGCGCCGGGCGUUCCGUGGCCAGGCCCGCCCGGCAGGGGGCGCUGGGACCGACCGCUCAAGCCCGGGCUUCCGGACCCGCCGGCCCCUGGCCUCCGCCCUCGUAGAACCCCGCGGCGUCUUCCGGAGCCUGACUGGCCGGGGACAGAGGGGGCGGGGAGCUGACCUGGCGUGGGCGAAGCCGGCCGGCGGGCGGGCGCUGGAGCCAUCUAUGCGUGGCGUGGGGGCGAUCCUGCGGCGCGCGGCGCGCGACGCUCGGGACCUGAACACGCGGCGGGACGUCUCCUCCUGGCUGGCCCGGUGGUUCCCCAGAACCCCAGCCAGGUCCGUGGUGGCCCUGAAGACACCCAUCAAGGUGGAGCUGGUAGCAGGGAAAACCUACAGAUGGUGUGUGUGUGGCCGCAGCAAGAAGCAGCCCUUCUGUGACGGCUCCCACUUCUUCCAGCGCACUGGCCUAUCUCCACUCAAGUUCAAGGCCCAAGAGACGCGCACUGUGGCACUCUGUACCUGCAAGGCCACCCAGAGGCCCCCGUACUGCGAUGGCACCCACAGGAGUGAGCGUGUGCAGAAGGCAGAGGUGGGCUCCCCACUCUGAAGGGGCUGUCCAGUCACAGGUGGGCUCGGCUCCAGGCCUGUGACAGGCACCCCUUCUCUGGGGAAGGAAACGGGUGCUGAACCCAAGACCUGGUACCCAUGUCUGGCUCACAAAGGAAGAACUGUUCCUUAUAAUGUAAAGGUCUCCAGUCUGGGGUUGGCGGGAGUGUGCCCUGGGUCAGUGUUUGCUGACAGAGAAGAUGGUAUAAAGAAGCCUGCCCAAUCAGACUGGUCCUGUGGUCACUGGUGUGAGGCUCACGUGCUGCUUCCUGCUCCAGAUUUUCACCUGUGUGUGGCUGGGGGCACCUGAGCAGCCACAGGAGAGGGCAGUUCAGAUUCAUUCCAUAUGGGGUCCCCAAGCCAGGCUGAACCCAGAGGCAAAGCACCCUUCCCGUCUUCCCCAAAAGAACUACAGGCUCCAGAAAGUAUGCAGCAUUUAUUACAAAGCCAAGAGAUACAGAUGUCCCAGGGCAGAGGAGGGCACAGUCACAGGACCUCAGACACAGGACAAGGCGCAAACACAGACAAGCCCACUGGGGGCUCCCAACCCCACACACCUAGGCUGGGAUGGAAUCUCAAGUCUCGACUCCUGCUGCCUCCCAGAUCUCUGCACACUUGAGGAACUCUCAGUGGGCAGGACCUGCCGGGUCUGUCCCUAGGGAGGUGGUCCGCUGACCUCUGGGGCUGGGGCUGGGGCCAGAGCUUUACAGGUUUCUGUUUUCUUGUGCUUUUAGACACACUUGCUCUGUCCUGACCAGGCGACUGGGCCUCAGCUGGGGGUGGAGGGGCCGCUGGAGGGCUGUGUGCCUUUAGCAAAGUCUGGGGUCUGUGCUUGUGUGAGGUUAACCUAUCCCCACCUCCACUCCAUGCCCCAAAUGAGACUCCACCACCAGUCCUGCUAGUGAGGGGUCCUGGGUGAGGGCAGGGACGGUGAGGGUGAAGCACUUCACAAUGCUUAACGCCACAGUGGCAUUCCAGGGCAGAGACCUCUCAGGGCCUGAAUCUUCUUUUCCACAAGAUAAAUGAUGCAAAGGCCACACACACAGGAGAGAAAAAAAAGAGGCAGAACUAGCUAUUCUUUGCACAAAGUUUCCACUGCAAGAGGAGGAGGUGAGGGAGGCGCCACCCCGACCCCGCCCUUGCUCCUCAGACCCAGGGAUAAACUGCGUUUGUAAAAGGCACUGUUCUUAGCAAUUUUCUGGACAUUCAACAAUGCAGGGGGCAGCCACUGGUCAGAGGCAGGACAGCAGCCAAGAUGGGGAGAGAAAUGGGGAGAGAGGAACAGUUCUAACUGGCUCCUAUUGACAGUUAGAAUUGUGCCUAAAGCUUUGGGGCUGAAGGGGCCCCCAACACCCCAUCUGCCUUGGGAACAGUGAGGACAGCGCAGAGCCUGACUGGGCCUCCAGUGGCCCGUCCAGUUCAUCUCCAGGCACCCCCAAAAAGAGCAGAGCAAAUUACACAAGACCCCCCCCCCCAAAAUGAACACCAUUCCCCACACAUACACACACACAUAAAGUUUGUUUCCUGUGGCAUUUAAA